AAGAUCCUAUAGUACACAUAGUAUUGAUACUCUUGAUACUCCCAAUACUCCUGAUACUUCUGAUACUUCAUGUAGUAUUAAUUUUUUAUACGCAUUUUUUACUAAUAUCACAAAUAGUCUUCAUACUAUGCGUAGAAUUAAUCCUUCCGAUACUCUGCAUAAUACUAAUUCUCUGCAUAGUUUUGAUACUACACAUAGUCCACAUAGUAUUAAUAUUUUGCGUACAUUUUUUAUUAAUAAUAUGAAAAUCCGAUCGACUGCUAAUAUGAUCAACCCCUUACCUAGAAGAUAUAUACGCUCUGAUGCUACAAAAUUAUCUUCUGCAGAUUACAAAGAUAUCAUGCAAUACUAA